CUGACACAAUUGUCAACGGCUGUAGCUUGUUGCUAACGAAACAAUGGUGCAAUCCUGCUCAGCCUAUGGAUGUAAAAACAGAUAUCACAAAGAUAAAAACAUCUCGUUUCACAAGUUUCCACUCGCGAGACCGGACGUCUGUGGAAAAUGGGUGGCAGCUAUGAGGAGAAAAAACUUCAAACCGACGAAAUACAGCAAUAUCUGUUCACAGCACUUCACGAAAGACUGCUUCAAACGAGAAUGCAACAACCGGGUUCUGAAGGAAAAUGCGGUGCCCUCGCUUUUCAGUUUCGGUAAAUUGCAAAUGAAAACAGAGUCAUUGGAGGAGACCUUCACUCCCGAGAUGGACUUCUCUCUGCCCCUCCCCCUGUCCGAUGCGGAGGAGACGCAGGGGCUUGAGCCUGUGGAGCCUGUUCCCAACGCCGCCGUCGCACCUGUGGAGGAGCCAUCUCCCCAGCUUCUCCCGAGCGCAUUCGUUUCCUGCGACCACAACUACACAGUGGAGGACACAAUGCACCAGAAGAGGCGCAUUGAGGAGCUGGAGGAGCAGCUGGAGAGAGUGCGUAAGAAACUGAAGACGGUGCAGCAGAAAUGCCGUCGUCAGGAGAGACAGCUGGAGCGAUUUAAAGCCAUGGGGGAGCUGCAUAAGGCGGGAAAAGACCCAUGUCUGGGCGAGAGCUAUGUCAUUCUGCCCAAAGAGCUAUAUGACGUGCUGAAAGGCAUCGAAUCGGUGGACGGUCUCUGAGAGGAAACCCAGACCGGUCACGUGUGACAGUGGAGAGAGAGAAUGUUCUGGAACUUUGCUCUGUUGUUGUUCU